AUGUUCAACGUGCAGAGCCUGGCGAGCUCGACCCCGACCCCGGUUGCUUCAUCCACCGCGGCGGUGCUCGAGCCAAAGGAGACGAGCACAACCGAACUGUUCAAAUGGGACACGCCGCCCGCCUCGUCCGACGACCCGCUUCGCGCCAAGCACACGCUGAUGCGAAACAGGAGCUCGUGGACCGAUCAUUUGCCGUUGUUGACUGGCUACCCCUCGACGACGCAUUUCUCCCUGGAUGGCCAGCCAACCGGCACCUACCUCCCCUACGAUGCCGGCUACUUUACGCCCGGAACGCGUGAGUUCAUAGGAUUCCCUUCCUCAUCGCAGAUGUACACGCUGCCCCCUGCGGACCCGUUCACGCAACCAACAAGCCUCACAGUAACCCAGAGCCCCGAUGUGAAGAUUACGGUGGAUUCGGUGGCCGGGGAUAGCAAAGCUGGCCUGAAACUCGACUGCGACUCUGAGAUUGCUGAGGAGAUUGAGACCGACUCCCCCGGGCCAGAUGGCAAAAAGGGGAAGCGGAAACGCCGCGUGCUCUUUACUAAAGCCCAGACAUACGAGCUGGAGAGGCGGUUUCGGGUUCAAAGGUAUCUUAAUUCGGCCGAACGUGAAGAGCUGGCAAUGACGAUUGGUCUAACGCCGAAUCAGAUCAAGAUCUGGUUCCAGAAUCAUCGCUACAGGCUGAAGACAGAUAUUUCGUACAAAACCAAGAAGACCCUCUCGGAUAAGCCUCUUAACCAAGCUCUCCUCCACCAGUCGAUGCAAAACCAAGCCGCAUUUACGACAAGGAGAUUACAGCAAAUGGUCGUCAAAGACGGAAAGCCGUAUCCUCAGGAGCUGAACCCGUAUCACGCCGCCGCAGCCGCCGUAGCGUUUUCCGGGGGUUCGUAUUUGCCGCAAGCUUCGUAUCUACAGCCCCCGGGCACUUACCUACCUCCACCAGGAAAUACCAACGCAUAUACCAUGCAUCAGGGAUGGGGAUGGGGG